CUGGUACAGUGGCCACAACUUCCCUGCUUCGAUUAGUGCUCAUUUCUUUACCGCUGCCAGCAUAAUUGCUUUGUAUGCUUUUGUAUGUAAGGUAUACUGUCCUUAAAAGACAAAACACAGCAACUACGGCAACACUUCAAAGUUACUUUGUUUUACUCCUUUAGCCACUAGAGAGACAGAGAAUGACAGAAAGAGAGGGACUGAGGGCAGACUCGCCUCACUUCACCUUGGGGGGAGCACCAUUUCGGAUCCUAGGGGGCUCCAUCCACUACUUCCGGGUCCCCCGGGCGUACUGGAGAGACCGACUACUGAAACUGAAGGCCUGUGGUCUCAACACUCUUACUACGUAUGUGCCGUGGAAUCUGCAUGAACCAGAACGAGGGGUUUAUCUGUUUCACGAGCAGCUGGAUCUGGAGGCAUACAUUCGUCUUGCAGAGGAAUUAGGCCUCUGGGUGAUUCUGCGUCCAGGGCCGUACAUAUGUGCUGAGUGGGAUUUGGGUGGGUUACCAAGCUGGUUGCUUCAAGAUAAGAAUAUGAAAUUAAGAACCACCUACUCUGGCUUCACAACCGCUGUGAACUCAUACUUUGAUAAACUCAUUCCAAGAAUCAUACCUCUCCAGUUUAAUGGAGGGGGUCCUAUUAUUGCUGUUCAAGUAGAGAAUGAAUAUGGUUCAUAUGCAAAGGAUGAGCAGUACCUGUCAUUCAUCAGAGAGGCGUUACUGUCUCGAGGAAUCUCAGAGCUUCUCCUGACAUCAGACAACCGGGAAGGGUUAAAAUGUGGAGGGGUAGAUGGAGUCUUGCAGACAGUUAACCUGCAGAAACUGUCUUAUGGUGAUGUACAUAAUCUAGCAGAACUGCAGCCACAGAAGCCGCUUUUGGUAAUGGAAUACUGGUCUGGUUGGUUUGACGUCUGGGGAGAACCUCAUCAUGUUUUCGAUGCAGAAGAAAUGAUCACUAUUGUGCGAGAGCUUCUGGAUCGUGGUGUCUCCAUCAAUUUUUACAUGUUUCAUGGAGGAACCAGCUUUGGUUUCAUGAGUGGAGCAAUUGACUUUGGCACCUACAAACCACAGACGAGCAGCUACGAUUAUGAUGCUCCAUUAACUGAGAGUGGAGAUUAUACAACCAAGUAUCAUCUUUUGAGGAAACUGCUGAGCACCUACAACAGGGAGCCGUUACUAGAGCCACCAGUUGCGCAGAGCAGGAGAGCAUAUGAGCCAGUGAUGGUUACACAUUACAUUUCAUUAUGGGAGAGUCUUCGGUGUGCAGAAACACAUUUCACAGCUGAUGAUCCCCUCAGCAUGGAGAACCUUCCAGCAAAUCACAACAAUGGUCAGUCCUAUGGCUACACCCUUUAUGAGACUGAUAUAUAUUCAGGAGGAGAACUCAACUCCAGGAACCAUGUUCGUGACAGAGCUCUAGUAUUUAUUGACAGAGAACUCAUUGGUGUUUUGGACUAUAGGAAUCAGAAAAUUAGAAUAUCUCAUUGUAAGAGUGAGAGGACCUUGUGUUUGCUUGUUGAGAACUGUGGGAGAGUAAACUAUGGUCCAGCACUGGACAACCAACAAAAGGGGCUCAAUGGGGAUAUAACUCUGGAAGAUGUACCUUUAAAAAAAUUCACCAUGCACUGUUUGGAUAUGAAGCCCAGUUUCAUAAACAGACUGCAGUCACUGAAGUGGAAGUCUGUUGGUAACAAGCCCUCCUACCCUGCGUUUUUUAGAGGAAGUCUGGUAGUGGAUGAACCCACAGAUACUUUUGUGAAGCUGCCAAAUUGGAGCAAAGGAGUGGUUUUUGUUAACGGACAAAAUCUCGGACGCCACUGGUCCAUUGGUCCUCAGAAAGCCCUCUUUCUCCCCGGACCCUGGCUCAGGAUUGGAGACAAUCAGAUUAUUGUUUUUGAGGAGCUCAAAGCUGUGGAAUCAAUCUAUUUUGCUGAAAAUCCAGAAUAUAGCAAGAUAAUCGACGUAUCUGGACAACUGUUCUGCACCCUCGUUUAGAGAAACCUUGGAGUCUUUAUACUCUACAACCUCAUCUUAUUCUCAUCCAUCAACACAUAUCAGAACAUGAAUCAUUUCAUUAAUCAAGAUAAUAAUCUAAGAUAUUAAGAUCUAAGAUACUUAUAAAGAUAUUUGCACAAUUACACAAUCUGGUGUAUGCAGGCACACAUUCAGUUUAGACUAUAUACUGAGUUGCAACAGGAUUGCUUAAGAAAAAAGAGAUUACUUUCUAGACGUAAUGUAUGUUUAACCUCAGUGCUUAGCCACCUUAUUUCAGACUACCUAUAGUAUCAGUAGUAUGUUGUUCAGAAAGGGCUUUCAAAUAUCUCUAUCAGUUUUAUUGGCGAGGUAAAACUACUCUUAAGUGGAAUUUGACUUGGUAUUUGCUGAUAUUUCGCAAGUUUGCAGGCCACACACCUUGGGGGAUGGAACUAUUCCGGUGUUAUGAUGAUUAUUUUAUAACCCCUAACUCUUCUGUUCUUUGAUGAAAAUAAAAAUAAUAAAAAUCUUGGUAAGGUCUUGGUAACCACAAUGUGUUUUAUAUUUUAAAAAUGGGGUUGAAUAUUGUAAUUGAUUGUGCUUGGCACUGCAUGGGUAACCUGGAGAAAGGUGAUAAACCUGUCAUAGUGAGAGAUAGGCAGGUGUCAAAGUUUGUAAGUUCUUUUGUCCAAAUACUAUUAGAGCAAAAGGACUGUAGUGUUGAAGCUUGUCACUGAAAAAAAGAGAAAAUGCAGGUUGUCCGGUUUACUUAAUUAUAUUAUUUGUGAUCUACACAGCAAAACUGUGUUUCUCUUCAAAACUUGUUUUCUUUGCUCUCGAUUAAUGUAAUUCUCUAAAAUGUGCACUGUUCUAUAUUACAUUAUGCAGGGUAAAUGUGAACCAAUGGAGUAUGUUCAACAACAUGGGCAAGGGAAUUAGGGCAUGGGAUUUGUAGUUCCCAGCAUGCUUUGCAUGGGACUUGAUGCAGAGAGUAAUUUUUAUUAAGUGUUAUUUUAUGCAUUUUAUAGCAAUAUGAGAAAAGGGGGAGACAAUGUUUAAUGUUGUUAUUUUGGGAUUUAGAACAGAUUUUGUUAUGCUGGGUUACCAUUGUUGUGAAGAGUGAAGUUUUUGCUUAGGUUGAGGAUGGGUACACAAACAACAUACUGUGCGUUUCUUUACUUAAAGAGCAAUUACUACAUAGCACACUAAUGUAUGCUAUUGUUAGCUUAAAGUCAGUUAGCUAGCUAAUUUACAAAAUCUUACAACAUAAUACAGUUAUGUGACACAAAAAUAUUAUGUAAAUCUGAGGAAAUUAUUCAAGUUAGGGACACAUAUAAAAUCACUUCGAGUCUACUUAAUUGGGUCAUUUCAAAAUAACUUAAUUCCACUAUGUUGAGAUUACAUGAACAAAUGAUGUUUUCUGACAAAGUAAAAUGAGCUAACCCAAGAGGAAAAAAUUUGUUGAUGUAACUUAUUUGAUUCAUGUGAACCGAUGUACACGAUUAAAUCAUGUAAAUUCAAAGUUUUUUUUCAGUGUAUUGUGUCACCUGCAUUAAUUGUGGAAUAUUCUUAUUCAAAAAUACAUUUUAUGACUGAAUAAAUAAUAAUAAAAAGUAA